GGGACGCGCGUCAUUUCCUCCGCGCCGCCGCCGGAAGUUGGGUCUGUGUGGUGGUGGUGGCGGCGGGAGCCGGGGAGUUACGGCGCUGGGCGAUGGCCGGCUGCGAGCGAUGACCAGGCUUCUGGCCGUGGCGCGCAGGGUUGCUUUGGCCGCCGUGCGCUGCAGCACCCACGGCAGCAGCGGCCUCAGCAUGUUUUAUGCCGUGAGGAGGGGCCGCAAGGCCGGGGUCUUCCAGACCUGGAGCGAAUGUAGAGCCCAGGUGGACCGGUUUCCUGCUGCCAGAUUUAAGAAAUUUGCCACGGAGGAGGAGGCCUGGGCCUUUGUCAGGAAGCCUGCAAGCCCGGAUGGCUCAGAAGGGACAGAAAAUAAGCAUGAACAAGAAUCACAGGUGAAAGUCAACAAGCGACUCCGUGAACCCUCAGAUGGAGAGGAAAACGCAGAGCCCUGUGUGAAGCAUGCGAGACAGAACACAGAAUCCGUGCCUUCAGUUAACAAAGACUCGUUUUCUUAUAUGGGAGAUUUUGUCGUCGUCUACACUGACGGCUGCUGCUCCAGCAACGGGCGGAGGAGGGCACGAGCAGGGAUCGGCGUUUACUGGGGGCCGGGCCAUCCUUUGAACGUAGGCAUUAGGCUUCCCGGGCGGCAGACCAACCAAAGAGCAGAAAUUCAUGCAGCCUGCAAAGCCAUCGAGCAAGCAAAGGCUCAAAAUAUCAAGAAGUUGGUUCUGUAUACGGACAGUAUGUUUACUAUAAAUGGUAUCACUAAUUGGGUUCAAGGCUGGAAGAAGAAUGGGUGGAAAACGAGCACAGGGAAAGAGGUGAUCAACAAGGAGGACUUCAUGGCGCUGGAGCAGCUCAUCCAGGGCAUGGACAUCCAGUGGCAUGAGAAGCCCAAGGAGUCUUUCUUCUUUCUUACAAGUCACGUCCCCUUUUUGCUUCAGUGUCCCGAGGUUUGGUUUCCUGCUUCUCCAGUCCGAAGUUGUGUUAGACUGUGUCGUGUGUUGGUCGCCCUGGGUCAGUGUUUGCAGGAGCACGCUUUAUGGAGGUGUGCUUGACGGACAGCAAAUGGCACGUGUGUAAAGUGAGCUAUGGAUUCCCCUGUGAAGUCCCCGCCAGAACUGCGUGUCACCCCCCACCGGGGUUUUCUCAUGCCCCUUUGAAAUCCUUCCCUCCCUGACCCCAUCCCCAGACGACAACCGAUCUACUUCCUGUUACUAUAGAUUAAUUUGUAUUUCCUAGGAUUUUAUAUAAAUAGAGUCCUACAGUAUAAACUCCUUUUCAGUCAGGAGCUUCUUUCACUCAGUGUAAUUAUUUUGGCAUUCACGCGCGCUGUGUCUAUCAGUAGUUCACCCCUUUUUAUUGCUGAGGAGUAUCCAUUGUAUGGGUAACCACAGUUUGUGCGCCCGUUCUCCUGUUCAUGGGUAUUUGGUCGUCCCCGGUGUGGGGCUGUUGUAAAUAAAGCUGCUGUGAACAUGUA